CUGGGGAGGAGUCGGAGCCGCAGUCAUGAGUCGCUUCAAGUUCGUGGAAGCAGCUUGGUUGGCUGUCCCCCAGAAGUCCUGUCUUCUGAAUUUGUCUGAUUGCCCUGUGGUGAUGUUACAUGCCGCUGAAUGAAUGAAUCCCUCAAUAUUCCCCCCUGAGCAGAGGUGUCUAGCACAGUGACUGACAAACAGUAGGCGCUUAGAUUUUGUUUGAGUGAGUGAAGGUGUGAAUGAAAAGAUAUCGGUAUCAACUUGACAGAUCCUAUGUUCAGAGGAAUUUACAGAGGGGUUCAAAAGCACCAAGAUGACUUACAGGAUGUAAUAGAGAGAGCUGUUCAGAUUGGUGUUAAAAAGUUUAUGAUUACAGGUGGAAAUCUACAAGACAGUAAAGAUGCUCUGCAUUUGGCACAAACAAAUGAUAUGUUUUUCAGUACAGUUGGGUGUCAUCCUACAAGAUGUGAUGAAUUUGAAAAGAAUGACCCUGAUCUGUACUUAAUGGAGUUGCUAAAUCUUGCUGAAAACAACAAGGGAAAAGUUGUAGCAAUAGGGGAAUGUGGACUUGACUUUGACCGACUACAGUUUUGUUCGAAAGAUACUCAGCUCAAGCAUGAAGACAGUGUGAAUCUCGUGCGUCGCCACCAGAGCUCUUGGGUGACCAGAUAUUUUGAAAAACAGUUUGAACUGUCAGAACAAGCAAAAUUACCAAUGUUUCUUCACUGUCGAAACUCACAUGCUGAAUUUUUGGACAUAAUGAGAAGAAAUAGAGAUCGGUGUGUGGGUGGAGUGGUGCAUUCAUUUGAUGGUACCAAGGAAGCGGCAGCUGCUUUGAUGGAUUUGGGUCUCUAUAUAGGAUUUAAUGGUUGCUCACUGAAAACUGAAACUAAUUUGGAAGUUUUGAAGUCCAUACCUAGUGAAAAAUUAAUGAUUGAGACUGAUGCACCUUGGUGUGGAGUCAAAAGUACACAUGCUGGAUCAAAAUAUAUAAAAACUUCAUUUCCUACCAAAAAGAAGUGGGAAAAUGGGCACUGUUUGAAAGACAGAAAUGAACCCUGCCAUAUAAUUCAAAUACUGGAGAUACUGUCAGCAGUAAGAGAUGAAGAUCCACUGGAACUAGCCAAUACGCUAUAUAACAACACCAUUAAAGUAUUUUUUCCUGACAUGUAAUUGGUGUGUGUCUUCCACUUUUCCGUCACAAAUGUAAAACUUAAAAGUUUCAAUAAAAGAAUUCUCUGGAA